AUGGUCACACUUCAAAAAAUCAUCAUCGUCGUGGCGCAAACAUUUCUGUUGGACCAGCGACAGCGAUCAGCAUCAGCCGCUCGCGACAGCAACACGAUUAAGUACGACCUUUACGAGGAACUUCCUUUCAACACGACGGUGGGCAGACUGGCUGAGGACGCCAACAUCACCUCAAUGUACGACAAACAUACACUAGGCAGACUGAAUUAUUACUUCCUUCGCGCUGAUUCCGUAGUAGCCAAGUUUUUUCGAGUGGACAACAAGACCGGUGUGCUGAGUACCUCGGACGUGAGGCUUGAUAGGGACUGCGCUGAGUUGUGUCGAAGGAAAGAAACUUGCAUGUUGAGUCUGGAUGUGGUCGUUCAACCUGUGGAAUAUUUUCAGAUUAUCAAGGUAAGAGUGGAGUUGUUAGAUCUGAACGAUAACGCUCCAACUUUCCGGGAGUCGCACAUCCUCUUGUCAAUCAACGAAGCAUCACCAAUCGGCUCCUCCUACCUCUUGCCAGCAGCAGUCGAUGACGACUCACCAAAGUAUGGCAUCCAACGUUAUGAAAUCGAGUCAGGAACUGAAAAGUUGGGACUCGUGUUUUCCACGUCACCAUCAUUACAAUUGGAAGCCAAACUGGUCUUGAGAUCUGUUCUUGACAGAGAACUGGAAGCAAGGUACCAAGUAGUGUUGCGAGCUAUCGACGGAGGAACACAUGCGGUGGAGGGAUUGUCCUCACUCACGGGCAGCAUCGUCAUUGACAUCAUUGUGGCAGACCACAACGACAACAAACCUGUCUUUGAUCAAUCCAAGUAUGAUAUAACCGUAUCAGAGGAUACCCCCGUCAACUCGGUAGUGCUGAAGGUGUCCGCCACCGAUGCCGACGACGGUCUGAACGGGCAGAUAGAAUAUUUGCUCGUUGGGGACUCGUCACACCAUCAGCCACACGAUAUGCUCAUUAGCGUCAACAACCACACUGGACAAGUUGUUCUGACCGCUAAAUUGGAUCGAGAAAAGACGUCUAUUUACCAACUACGCGUCCUAGCACGUGAUCGUGGCUCUGACCCUCUGACGAGCGAGGUUGAACUCAUCAUCAGAGUUGCUGAUGCCAACGAUAACAAACCAUCCAUCUCCGUUACUUUCCUGCAGGAACAAUACAACAACAACAAUAAUAAUAAUAUUCAUAACCUCAACCGAAAUUUCAAUGUCAACAUAUUCAACUCUAAGCUUUUUGCUUUUUCUAAAAAAGACAACAAAUUAGUUUCAACAGAUUUACCGGAAGAUGCUAAAACCGGAAGUUUUGUAGGUCACGUGUCUGUGAAAGAUCCUGACGAAGGAAACAGUGGAAGUGUUGAUUGCCGUUUGCAUGAUAGCGGUGUUAAUGGAAUUCCAACAUUUUUGCUUCAAAAUACAACAUUUGCGGGAGAAUAUAGAAUCGUUUUGAGCGGACCGUUGGAUCGAGAACUUAACUCGGUAUUUAUGUUAAACUUGAGUUGUCGCGAUAGAGGCCAACCCCCGUUGACUUCUGAAAUGAUGCUGGAGAUCAAUGUCAAAGAUAUCAAUGAUAAUCCUCCCAUUUUUGACAAACCGCUGUACAAAGUGAGUCUCAGUGAAAAUAAUUUUAUUGGCGAAGUGGUCGAGCAGGUGACCGCAAAAGAUGCCGACGAAGGCCUCAAUGGAAAAAUUGAUUACGCGUUAUCCGAACACGCAAAAGGUUUUUUUCAAAUAGAUGAGCGAGGUUUGAUAAGCGCCAUUGUGCCUUUAGACCGUGAAACAAAUAGUGUGUUUGAGAUGGAUGUGGUGGCGCGAGACAGGGGUGUGCCUUCUCUUACCAGUACAUCCCAUCUCACCAUCAUUGUCGAUGACCUUAAUGAUGAAAAACCAACAUUCACUCACUCCACUUACUCAUUCAGCAUUUUUGAAAAUGAACCCGUCGGCACUGCAAUUGGUACAGUGAAGGCAAUCGACAGGGAUUCGAAUCAGUUCAACGAGUUUACUUACAGGAUGUACAGUGACCACCAGCAGUCGUCACGCUACUUUUCAGUUCAUCCCAACACCGGCGUCAUCAGCAGUCGAAUAAUCUUUGACAGAGAACAGCACAACCUGUACAAGUUUUAUGUGACUUCAGUUGACGCACAUCUGGAUGUUCUGUCUGGGUCGACAGUUGUGAUUUGUUCAAUUCUUGACAGGAAUGAUAAUUACCCGGAAUUCAAAUACCCAACGCCCACCAACAACACUCUGCACGUCUCGUCAUACUAUCCAAUCGGUCAACCAAUCGUUAAAGUUGAAGCUGUCGACAAGGAUAUUAAUGCUAACGGUCAGAUAAAAUACAGAAUUGUUAGUAUAGAAUCCAAUGAUGAUAGCGAUGACGAGGACGAAAUGAAUGAAGAACUUGAUGACGAGGACGAAAAUGCUCUGAAAUACUUUCCUUUUCAAAUCGACACUACCACAGGAGCUAUAAAAGUUGCAAAAGACUUGACACUCUACAACAACUUGUUUAAAUUAAACAUUGAGGCCACAGAUCUUGGAACGCCGCCAAAUUUUCGCCAAGCUGAACUGAACAUACGGGUCAAUAGUUCUUUGCCAUAUGGUAGUUCUUCAAAACAGACAAAAAACGAAUCCCUGUUUACGCUGGGUGGAGCAUUCACGCUGGUCUUCGUCAUCAUCUUAACGUCCAUCUCGUUCGUUGUUAUAGUUUCUAUCCUGGUGUGCUUGGUUCUUUGCAGGCAACAUAGAAAAAAUCAAAAUCAAAAAUCGAAACAUAAAACAAGACUUUCGUUGAUAUCGGUAACGUGUGACGGUGAGUACGAACUAACAAGACCGUUUUCCAACAAAGACUCCAUCACGAUGUCUCAAAAUUGCAAUUCUAAAUUGAACCUUCCUUACCUCGAAACAACAGAACUCGCUGCAACUGAUGACAAUUUCAUAGUUGAAUCAAAUAUAGGCAAUGUACCAAAUGUUCGGUGUAGUUCGGUCAAGUUUGGAAAAAAGUAUCUCCCAGUUGAACAGGAUCCGAUUGGUUUAAACAGCGAAUAUUCACCCAACGAGUCACAACAACACCAAAUUAUUCCGCAGACUAAUCACAACAAAUUAUUUGUAUCUAGGAAAAAAAAGGAGCAUAAAAACAGGCGUGCUCUCAUCAAUUAUGUUCUUCUCGUGUUUUUAUAA